GGUUGAGUAAAUCAUCAUUCCAACAAACAAUCUCAUCAUCUCAACUCACAACAUCUAAACAAACUCACUCAACUUUUCUUUCCAAGAAAUCAAUAACCAAACCGCAAAAAUGCAAUUCUCAUCUGCCAUUAUCUCUGCCAUCACCGUUGCUCUUGCAUCGGCCGCCGCCAUCGAGAAGCGCAGCAGCGUCUUCGAUGUCUCCAACUUCAGCGCCGGCUGCAUCCCACACAGCACCCAGUGCCUCUACUCCUUCACCGUCAUCCAACCCGGUACCAUGGAGACCACCGGUGUAGAGUGCACCGCCCUCGUCUCCGGCAACACCGACGGAACUCUCCCAGACAUCCCACAAUGGGGAGGAUCCUGCAUCAACUCCUCCCGCCGAUUCUGGAUCACCCGCGAGGACGACGGUCUCAAGUUCUUCGUCUCCCAACAAGUUACCCCAGCCAGCAACCAAACCGCUUCCCACUUGCUCGCCAACGACGACUUGGUCAUGGUCUCCAACACCAUCGGUAGCACCCAAAGCUACAAGGGAGCAACCUCCUUCGGCUUGGACUACAGCUCCUAGAGGAAUCGACCGAGGUGGCAAAGCGUCAUGGCUUUCGCUUGCUGCGAAUGUCUGCACAGUGAUUCUUGAUGGAUAUUAGCGAUGUUUUUGUUUCUGUACUGGCGUGCGAUGUAGAAUAUUUGUUGUAGAAAUAGCUUUGAGGAGGAUAAUUUGGGAUAGUAGAACCUUGUUAAUAUAAUUUCUUCCCCCACA